AUGUCGACCUCGGGGACGCCGCAGUUUCGGUACACGCAGACCCCGUCGAAGGUGCUCCACCUCCGGAACCUCCCAUGGGAGUGCGCCGAGGAGGAGCUCAUCGAGCUCUGCAAGCCGUUCGGCAAGAUUGUCAACACCAAGUGCAAUGUUGGAGCCAACCGCAACCAAGCCUUCGUCGAAUUCGCUGACCUAAACCAGGCCAUAAAUAUGGUUUCAUAUUAUGCUUCAUCCUCAGAGCCUGCACAGGUCCGUGGUAAGACAGUUUACAUUCAGUAUUCAAAUAGACACGAAAUCGUCAACAACAAAAGUCCUGGAGAUGUUCCCGGAAAUGUCUUGUUGGUCACCAUUGAGGGUGUUGAAGCUGGCGAUGUGAGCAUUGAUGUUAUUCACUUGGUGUUUUCUGCUUUUGGCUUUGUGCACAAGAUUGCUACGUUUGAAAAAGCAGCAGGCUUCCAGGCAUUGAUUCAGUUCAAUGAUGCUGAAACUGCAUCUUCGGCAAGGAAUGCCUUGGACGGAAGAAGUAUACCCAGGUAUUUGCUUCCAGAGCAUGUUGGUUCAUGCCACUUACGUAUUUCAUAUUCCGCACACACUGAUUUGAACAUCAAGUUCCAGUCUCACCGAAGCAGGGACUAUACAAAUCCGUACCUUCCUGUAAAUCCUACUGCAAUAGAGGGAAUUAUGCAGCCUGCUGUAGGUCCUGAUGGAAAGAAGAAAGAGCUUGAGAGUAAUGUGCUUCUUGCUUCAAUCGAAAAUAUGCAGUAUGCUGUCACUGUGGAUGUUCUUCACACGGUAUUUUCUGCAUUUGGCACUGUCCAAAAAAUUGCUAUAUUUGAGAAGAAUGGUCAAACACAGGCAUUGGUUCAAUACCCUGAUGUCAAUACCGCAGCAGUUGCAAGGGAAGCUUUAGAGGGACACUGCAUAUAUGAUGGUGGCUAUUGUAAGCUUCAUCUAUCAUACUCUCGUCAUACUGAUCUCAAUGUAAAGGCUUUUAGUGACAAAAGUAGAGAUUAUACAAUCCCAGAAGCUAGUUUGCAUGCGGCGCAGCAAGUUUCUGGUUACCCUGCUGCUCCAGCAGCUUGGCAGAAUCCCCAGGCUGCUCCGAUGUACCAUGGGAACGAGUUCAGUGGUGCAGCUUCUAUGCAGGCCCAAGGGCCUCCAGGGCAAGGGCCAUCAUGGGAUCCAGCCAUGCAGGCAGGCAGAUCAACGUUUGUUUCAGUUCCGAGCACGUUUCCUGGUCAAACAUUUCAUGCAUCCUCAGGUCCAGUAUAUUCCUCUGCAGCAAUGCCGCCAGGUUCUUCACCUCUCCAAACAGGCCCAACUACUUCCUCCAGUAUGGCUUCUAGGGGAAUAUCUCAGCCAGGUGGUCCGCCCAACUUGCGACCUCGGGGUGGUGCUUCACCUCCAGGAGUUGGACCUCCUGGUGCCUCACCAUCCUACUAUGGCCAAUAA